CGGGAAGGAGGGCUGCUCUUGAGUGAGCUGGCUUGGUAUGACCGUGACUCACUGUGGGCCCCUGGAAGUCACUCUCCAACAGGCAAGCCUGGGGAGCAGGGCCAGUGCUGCCCUGCUCUGCACGGGCCCAGGCGUUCUCCCAGCCAGGGAUGGGGAGGCCACAGCUGGCCUGGUCCCAGUGGAGGGGUUACCUCAUCCCGCAGCCUCAGAGCCUUCCUUCGCACAGUCCCUCUGCCUCCUCCCCCUUCCCUCCACUGGGUGGGGGUGAGUGGGCAGGGGGCAGGCGCAGCCCGCUGAGGAGCCUGAUGAUUUCCUGCCCUCACCACAGCUUCCUGUCGCACGAGGGUGGUGAGAAGGAGAGGCAGGCGGGGAGCGAGAGAGGGGCAGGUACAGCUGGGCACAAGGGAUCACCGAGCAGCUGGUAGCUGGGGCGCAGGCCCCGACUCAGGCUCUGGGACCAGCGUCUUCCCCAGCCGACACCGAUCUCAACGCAGUCCAGCAAGGGAGCGUGGCCAUUGAGCCUGGAAGAAGAACUCGGCUGCCUGCCUCCUGAUCCCAGACUGGGGCCCGCUCGGUCCCACAGCCCUGCUGCCACUCUGCCUAGAGGGGCUGCAGCGCGGCGGGGCCCCGGGCAGGUGCUCUGCAGAUGGAAGCAGACACUCUGAGCCCCGUGGAGCUGGGCCUCCUGCUGCUGCCCUUCUUGGUCACGCUCCUGGCUGCCCUGUGUGUGCGCUGCCGAGAGCUGCCGGCCUCCUAUGACAGCGCUUCCACAGAGAGUUUGUCCCCGAGGAGCAUCCUCAUGAAGCCACCUCAAUUAACCGUCCUCCGCACACCUGCCGCUUCCUACCCUCAUGUUACUUCCUUCCCACCCCUGAGGCAGCCAGACCUGCUCCCCAUUCCGAGAUCCCCACAGCCCCUUGGGGGCUGCCAUCGGAUGCCAUCUUCCCGGCAGGAUUCGGAUGACGCCAACAGUGUGGCGAGCUACGAGAAUCAGGGUGGGUGUCGGGUCUGGAGGGCUGGGUGGGGUGGGGAGGCUGUGCCUGUCCCAGGUCAGGUUGACAUCCCCUCUCUCCCAGGGCCGGCCUGCGAGAAUGUGAAUGAAGAUGAGGAUGAGGAGGACUGUCCCAACGAGGGCUACCUAGAGGUGCUUCCGGACAGCACCCCCGCCACCAUUCCCGAGGCGCCCUCUGCCCCUGUGCCCAGCAACCCUGGAUUCCGAGACAGCGCCUUCUCCAUGGAGUCGGGUGAAGAUUACGUGAACGUCCCCGAGAGUGAGGAGAGUGCAGAUGCGUCCCUAGAUGGGAGCCGGGAGUAUGUGAAUGUGUCCGAGGAGCUGCAGCCGGUGACCAGGGCUGAGCUGGAUACUGUGAACUCCCAGGAGGUGGCUGAUGAAGAGGAGGGGGUGGGUGGAGAGGAAGCUCCCGAUUAUGAGAAUCUGUAGGAGGUUAACCGAGAGCCUGCUGCAGCUGGUCUGUCCUGGAACUGGACUUGCUGGGAGGGCUGAACUGGGCAGCUGGGAGUGUCUCUGAGGGACACCCACUUGACCUCUGCCUUGCCAACAGCCUGAGAAUCUCCCAUAACUUAUUGUCACUUUGGGGUCCAGUCUGGGUCCCCAGUAUUCCGCACCUUCUGGUGAAGUCUGAGAAUGAAUCUAGUUCCAGCCUGACUCUGUCAUGGAAUAAAGGUCAUAUGGCCCAAAGUC